GGCGGGCGGGCGCGGCUCGAUGCCGGGCGCGGAGCCCCGCGGGAGCCCCGCGCCCCGUCCCGCCGGCUAGCGCCGCACCGCGCCGCGCCGCCGAGCGAGACUGGCGCAUGUGGCACCGCGCUGGGGCUCGCGGGCUGCCGGCGCUCGCUGCCUGGACGCGGAGCCCGGAUCCUUCAUGACUUGCGGACGACAUGCUCGUUUUGUAGCCGGGCACCCCGCUCCUCGUCCCGCAUGUUCAGGACCAAACGCUCGGUGCUCGUCCGGCGACUCUGGAGGAGCCGCGCUCCCGGCGGGGAGGACGAGGCGGGCGACGCCGCCGCGGACAGCCGGGCGCAUGGGGCCGGCGGCGGCCGGGGCUGCUGCAUGGGCAAGGCGGGCAAGCUCGGCAAGGCGGCGCUGGGCUCCGAGGCGGAGCUGAAGGCGCUGACCCACGCCGUGCUCAAGAGGCUGAAGGAGAAACAGCUGGAGGGGCUUUUGCAAGCCGUGGAGUCCCGAGGGGGCACCCGGACCUCCUGCCUCCUGCUGCCCGGCAAGGUGGACUCCAGACUGGGUCAGCAUUGGUACUCCCUCCCUUUGCUGCUAUGUAAAAUAUUCAGGUGGCCCGAUCUCAGGCAUUGCUCGGAAGUCAAGAGGUUAUGUUGCUGUGAAUCUUAUGGAAAAACUCAUCCAGAGCUGGUCUGCUGCAAUCCCCAUCACCUUAGCAGGCUCUGCGAACUAGAGUCUCCCCCUCCGCCCUACUCCAGAUAUCCAAUGGAUUUUCUCAAACCAACUGCAGAUUGUCCAGACUCUGUGCCUUCCUCCACUGAAACAGGGGGAACUAAUUGUCUAGCCCCUGGGGGGCUUUCAGAUUCCCAAGUUCUUCAGGAGCCGGGGGAUCGGUCACACUGGUGCGUGGUGGCAUACUGGGAAGAGAAAACGCGCGUGGGUCGGCUGUAUUCUGUCCAAGAGCCCUCCCUGGAUAUCUUCUAUGAUCUACCUCAGGGGAACGGUUUCUGCCUCGGACAGCUCAAUUCAGACAACAAAAGCCAGCUGGUGCAGAAAGUCCGCAGCAAAAUUGGUUACGGCAUCCAGCUGACCAAGGAAGUGGACGGCGUAUGGGUAUACAACCGCAGCAGUUACCCAAUCUUUAUCAAGUCGGCCACACUGGACAACCCCGACUCCAGGACGUUGCUGGUUCACAAAGUGUUUCCAGGAUUUUCCAUCAAGGCUUUUGACUAUGAGAAGGCGUACAGCUUACAGAGGCCUAACGACCAUGAGUUCAUGCAGCAACCAUGGACCGGCUUUACUGUUCAGAUCAGCUUUGUGAAGGGCUGGGGCCAGUGCUACACAAGACAGUUUAUCAGCAGUUGCCCGUGCUGGUUGGAGGUUAUUUUUAAUAACCGAUGACUCGAGACAGAGUGGACUCAUGACAUUUAUAACUACUUUGCUGCUAAUAUUUCCUUCUGAGUGCUUGCUUUUCAUGCAAACUUUUUUGUUUGUUUUGUUUUUUUUUGUUUUGUUUUUUUCUGUUUUGAGAAAUAGCUUAUGGAAAGAUUUUUUUUUUUUUUUUUUGCCUUGGUAUUUUGAUGAAUAUAUAUAUAUCUUUUUUAAAAGUGUGAAUGACCAACAACUCGGAAGGAGAAGGUGUGGGAGGGGAUUACAUCAGAUAAUCAUUUCAUGCCUCUGAAAUUAUUCCCCUAUGUGAUGAGUGGCAUUCGGAGUUACUUGCCGUUUGUUAUAGCUCCCGCUCUCGGAUACCAAAAACAAGAUACCUAGAUGUUAUACAGACCUGAGUUCUACUACUGCAAGACAUCUCGUCUUCCCUUUUGUGACGAGGAGUGUGCACGUGGCCUCUUUCUCUCUCCUCGCUCUUUCUCUCCCUCUCUCACACACACAAGGGCCAUCUCUCUCUCUAGUUUCUGCCUUGAGGUGGCACAUUCCAGAUGCUACUUGUCAAAGCAUGGCACACUUCGCUCAUGUGAAGUCAAACUGAGACCCUCUCCCCGCUUUCCCACUGCCCCCACAGUGACAACGCCAUGUUGCCACUGACACACAACGAAUGUACGUGCCCACGCACAUAGGCAGCACCGGGAGUGAACGCAGUGAAGUGAAAACCUUGCUAAUAAGUUACUUAGCCUUCUUUAUUUUAUUUUAUUUUAUUUUAUUUUAUUUUGUGUAUGCUUGUUGGUUUAUUUAAGAUCACGUCUUGCCACUGUGUUAUGCUGACAGUCCAUCGUGGGAGCGUGGGUUUUGGAAGGAGCAUGCCCAUUCUUUCAGUGCUUUUUAUCGUUUCUUGAUACAGGAAAAAAAAAAAAAAAGAAAAACGCAUGGCCCACGCUUUUCAAUUUGAGCUGAGAUGCAGACUUGGUGAGAAAAUAUAAGCCUAAAAAAAACAAUAACAAACAGGAAAAAAGUAUUCAGAUUAUUUGGUCCAUCAUAACCUGCCUUGACCAGGUUAUAACGGUACCAUUUGUAUCCAGAAAUGCAGUCAUUCUUUCAUUUCGUCUUGAAUUCAUACGCACGUAUGAUACUUUUACACUGUUCUUAGCUCAAUGAGCAUGUUUAGACCUUAACAUAAGCUAUUUUUCUAAAUAUAAAGGUUUAAAUGAACAAGAGAGCAUUCUCAUUGGAACUUUAGCAUUGUAGUGCUUUGGAAAUAAAACAAAACAACAAAAAAAAGGACUCCUAAAAAAAAAAAAAAACCAACCCUGAGAUUUAUUAAAGAAAAAUUGUAUUUUAUGUUAUAUAUAAAUAUAUUAUUACUUGUAAAUAUAAAGACGUUUUAUAAGCAUCAUUAUUUAUGUAUUGUGCAAUGUGUAUAAACGAGAAAAAAUAAGAAAGAUGCACUUUGCUUUAAUAUAAAUGCAAAUAACAAAUGCCAAAUUAAAAAAACAAACAAACAAACACGAGAUUGGUGUUUUUUUCUAUGGGUGUUAUCAUCCAGAUGAAUGUUUUUUCUAAAGGAGUUUAUGUUCCAUUAAAAAAUAAAAAUGUACACUUGA